AUGUUCCCAUUAGCUAACAGAUGGAGAUCGCUGAGGGGAUAUAAGCAUCUUGCACUGGAUAAUGCUUCAUUUGCUUUCAAAAUAAAAAUGCGAAAGAUUAGACUUCCAGAUAGACUUAGUAACUAUCCACAAAUAGACAUACUGUCGGAUCAACACCCCCGGGAAAUAAUACGAGGGCAUCAAGAAGAAACAAAUGUUAUCGAAAAGUAUAAGUUGAAUCUGGAAUUCAGGAAAUUUUUGGAACCCAGUUUGGAGAGUGUCCGGGGGUUCUUAGGGGAAAAGUAUUGUUUAAACGAUAGUCAGUUGAUUGCAAUUAUUUUUCCUCUUUCUAACUUUGAUAUUCAGCUAAGAUUGAAGGAUACACAGCAGCAUAAUUUGGUAAUGGCUUCAGCCAGCAUACAAGAAUUCGGUAGAAAGUUGAUGAAAAAGCUUACGAUGACCACCAUUUUGAAGAACCACUCAUUAACCUCAUGUAGUGAUGCCAUGGGAAGUCUCGAUUUCGGUGUUUUACAAGAAAGUAUUACUAAGUCAUUGACUCAUACAGGGCCUCUCAUUAAAGAAUUCAUGGAACUUCAUGGGAUUGAAGCAAGAACACAGAGAUAUCGAACAGGAAAGAGAUCGCAUGUGCGUAGUAGUGUUGCGGCACUGAACACAAUGAUAGGGAUGAUACAUUAUCAAUACGGAGAAAUGCAAAGCACAGAGUUUGUGGAAAAUAGAAUACUGAAUGGUGAAAGAGGAAUUUUGAACUUGUUAGCAGAAAGGAUGAUAUCCAACAAGUGA